GCCCGAGGUGGAUCUCCCAUCUCGCGAGCCCUCGCGAGCCCGGGGUUCGCGCGCCAUGGGAGCCUGCGCGACCAAACCGAAGGCGCUGACGGAUUCCGGGAAGAAGAUGUCCGGCCGCGUGUCGCCGUCCAUGAUCGACCCGAGGACAGAGCCGACCCGCCAGCUGUCUGCCCGAAGGCUCCACCUCGACGAUGGGUUGGCGCCGCCCUCGCCCGGGUACCGCCUUCACGACUCCGGUGAGGCGCUGUUCGAUACCCUUGAAGCUCCAGGUACACCCCCGCCGCCGCCCAUGUACCGGAGCACGUCCCUGCCCCCGCCACCGUUCGCCCCGCCACCGCCGGGCGCGCACCCAAAACCGAUGGACGCCAAGAUGUACGCGCACGCCUACGUCCUGCACCACGCCAGGGCGCAGCGCGGGUGGGAUGCGAGCGGAUGGGACUACGCCACCUCGGUCGUGAGCAUCAGGGUCAAGUCCGCGGUGUGGGUCAAGGGUCAGAGGUGCUCGCACGAGUGGGACUGGGACGGAGAGACCGCGCCCGAGGGGGUGACAUCGUACGUCGACAGCGAACCCGUGCCCGUGUUUGACUCGCCCGCGCUGGGCAUGUACCACCCGGGCGCGGAGGAUCGGGUCGGGAUGGCGGAGGACGCGGCGCUGUGCGCGUGCAUGGACGAGAUAGUUGAGUGGUGCCACGAACAGCACGGGUACGAGUGCGAUCCGUCGCGGGACGUGGAGCAGUGCGUGUUGACCUGGGAGCUGAGCGACGGCGCCGUCGGCGAGCACAGGCACGAGGGGGGCCUCGACGACAGGAUGGGCGCGUACGUGGUGGCGGCCACGAGGGUACGCGGCUGGUGAUACGAUAUCCGCGACGAGAACGAAAGCGUCGCGUCUUCACGCGUCCGUUAACAAAGGAUCGUCCAGGUCCG